AUGACAUUGGAAUUAUUUAAAAACAGCAGCAGUAUUUCUUCUACCUUCUUGUUGAGUGGCUUACCUGGACUUGAACACAUACACAUCUGGAUCUCCAUCCCAUUGUGUAUCAUGUAUCUGAUCUCCAUCCUGGGAAACUGCAUGAUUCUUUUUAUCAUUAAAACAGAGCCUUCACUCCAUGAGCCUAUGUACCUCUUCUUGUCAAUGCUGGCUCUGACAGACCUGGGUCUUUCUCUUUGCACCCUCCCGACUGUAUUGGGUAUCUUUUGGAUUGGUGUACGAGAUAUUGGACAUGAUGCUUGUUUUACCCAGCUGUUUUUUAUUCAUUGUUUGUCCUUUCUAGAAUCAUCUGUGCUAUUAUCAAUGGCCUUUGACCGCUUUGUGGCUAUUUGCCGUCCUUUGCAUUAUGCUUCCAUUCUCACCAAUACUGUCAUUGUCAGGAUUGGCCUGGCUUCUCUGGGACGAAGUGUAGCUCUAAUAUUCCCAUUGCCCUUUAUGCUCAAAAGAUUCCCCUAUUGUCACUCCUCAGUUCUUUCACAUUCCUAUUGUCUCCAUCAGGAAGUGAUGAAAUUGGCUUGUGCAGAUAUCAAAGCCAACAGCAUCUAUGGCAUGUUUGUCAUUGUUUCAACAGUGGGUGUAGACUCAGUGCUCAUUCUCUUCUCCUAUGCUCUGAUCCUGCGUACUGUGAUGUCUAUUGCAUCUAGAACUGAAAGAUUCAAAGCUCUUAACACGUGUGUUUCCCACAUCUGUGCUGUGCUCUUGUUUUACACACCCAUGAUUGGCUUGUCUGUUAUCCACCGCUUUGGCAAACAAGCGCCUCAUAUAAUUCAGGUAGUCAUGGGCUUUGUGUAUCUUCUAGUUCCUCCUCUGAUGAACCCCAUUGUCUACAGUGUGAAGACUAAACAGAUUCGAAAUCGAAUUACCAAUGCCUUUUGCUGUUAG